AUGGGUCUCAGAGAUCUGAUGCCCUGGAAUAAGGCGCAGUAUUCUCCAACUGGUGUGGAUUUGGACGAAGAUUGCAUGUCCUGCAGAGUUAUCGGAUCGACUGCUCUGGCCAGCCUCGGCUUCUAUACCUAUUACUCCGGCAUGCGGCAAUUAAGAGAGCAAAGGAGAGUGAUUGAGAUGAGCAAGUCCAGGUACAAAUACAAUUCCCGACAGCUAGGGAUUGUGAGCAUUUCCGCAACACUCAUCGGUUUGGGGUGGUAUCGCAUGGUCAACUGA